ACAUCCAAUUUAAUUAGGGUAAACUCUCUCACUAUCAUUCUCUCAGCCCCGCCGCUCUUCCUCUCGUCUCCGGCCUCUCUGUGUUGAGCGCAUAUUGAGUAUAGCUGAAGAUGUAUCUCCAAUUUUACAUCAACGAUAACGGUGACAAAGUUUACACUACCAAGAAGGAGUCACCAGUAGGUUUGGCAACAGAAUCAGCUCAUCCUGCCCGAUUCUCACCCGAUGAUAAAUACUCAAGGCAGAGAAUUCUUCUGAAGAAGCGCUUUGGUCUGCUUCCAACCCAACACCCGCCUCCAAAGUACUAGCAUUCUUGUGUUGAGAAUGAGUCUCAAGAUAUGGUAAAUGCUCAGAAAUCGGCAUAGACAUCUCUUAAUAUGUGUAUGCUGUAAUAGUAUGCCAUCACUCAAUUAACGUUUAUGGGCUUGUGAUGCUGUAAUGUCGCCUUCUAGUUAUCUCAUUUCCUUGGAAUAUCCAUCUUCUUUCUGUUGGUAUAUUGGAAUUCUAUUUCAAGCUUGCUUAAA